GGCAUUUUGCCCCUGCUGUGCCAUCUCUCUCUCGCUCUCGCUCCUCUCCUCUUUUUCUCUCCUGCUCAGCCUUGCUUCCCGUCCCAUCCUUUCUUUCCCUUGGGCGCAUUCAGCAGCUUCAGCCUGGCCGGCCGGCCUGCUAUUAAACCACUUUGCUUGCAAGUCCAAGAAACUGCUAGAGAGGAACAAGCUGAGAUCUCCAGCAUGGGGAGGGGAAGGAUUGAGAUCAAGAGGAUCGAGAACAACACGAGCCGGCAGGUCACCUUCUGCAAGCGCCGCAAUGGGCUCCUCAAGAAGGCGUACGAGCUCUCCGUCCUCUGCGACGCCGAGGUGGCGCUCGUCGUCUUCUCCAGCCGCGGACGCCUCUACGAGUACGCCAACAACAGUGUGAAGGCUACGAUCGAGAGGUACAAGAAGGCACACGCCGUUGGCUCUUCCUCUGGCCCCCCACUCUUAGAGCACAAUGCCCAGCAAUUCUACCAGCAAGAAUCCGCAAAACUGCGCAACCAGAUCCAAAUGCUGCAAAACACUAACAGGCACUUGGUUGGUGACUCUGUGGGAAACUUGUCACUCAAAGAGCUGAAGCAGCUGGAGAGCCGCCUUGAGAAAGGCAUCUCUAAGAUCAGGGCCAGGAAGAGUGAGCUGUUGGCUGCCGAGAUCAAUUACAUGGCCAAAAGGGAGACUGAGCUUCAGAAUGACCACAUGAACCUCAGGACCAAGAUUGAGGAGGGAGAGCAACAGCUGCAGCAGGUGACUGUGGCCCAGUCUGUCGCAGCAGCAGCGGCCACCGACGUGGAGCUGAAUCCGUUCUUGGAGAUGGAUACCAAAUGCUUCUUCCCUGGCGGCCCCUUCGCGACACUGGACAUGAAGUGCUUCUUCCCCGGCAGCUUGCAGAUGCUGGAGGCACAGCAGCGCCAGAUGCUUGCCACCGAGCUGAACCUCGGCUACCAACUGGCGCCGCCUGACACUGACGUUGCCAACAAUAACCCUCAGCAGUUCUAAACUGGAUCCAUGAGAAAGCCAACUGUGACCGAUGGAAGCUGGCUGUUGCCUCUAGAUGAUAUUGGCUUCCAUAACCUAGCUUAUUAUGGUGUGUAUUGUUGCCUUUUGUGUGUGAUUCUCCUUACUACUGAUGGAGAAUAAACCUAAUCGAUUGGGCAUAAUGAUCAAAUGCUACAGCACCCGUGAGGCUGUGAUC